UUACUAAGAGCGGAAGCAGUGGCGGGAGAGGGGGUGGGGCGCUGGACGGGCCUGGUGGCGGAGAUACCUGUGAGAACAAGGAUUUGGGGGGCCGAAAGAAAAGGGGAAUCAUGCGCACGGAAGAAGAGCUGAGGACCUUGAGACCUGAGUGUGUUUCCAGAGAAGGUGAAGAAGUUUCUACAAGAGUUUUACCAGGAUGAAUUUGGCAAGAAGCAGUUCAAGUAUGGAAACCAGUUGGUUCAACUGGCUCAUCGGGAGCAAGUGGCAUUGUACAUAGACCUAGAUGACGUGGCCGAGGAUGACCCUGAGUUGGUAGACUCGAUUUGUGAGAACACCAAGCGCUAUGCCAGGCUCUUCGCUGAUGCUGUCCAAGAGCUGCUGCCUCAGUACAAGGCGAGAGAGGUGGUAAAUAAAGAUGUCCUGGACGUUUACAUUGAGCACCGGCUGAUGAUGGAGCAGCGGAGCCGGGACCCUGGGGCAGCCCGGAGCCCCCAGAACCAGUACCCUCCUGAACUCAUGCGCAGAUUCGAGCUGUAUUUUCAAGGCCCCAGCAGUAAUAAGCCUCGUGUGAUCCGGGAAGUACGGGCUGACUCUGUGGGGAAAUUGGUAACCGUGCGUGGAAUUGUCACUCGUGUCUCUGAAGUCAAACCCAGGAUGGUGGUGGCCACUUACACUUGUGACCAGUGUGGGGCAGAGACCUACCAGCCAAUCCAGUCUCCCACUUUCAUGCCUCUGAUAAUGUGCCCGAGCCAGGAGUGCCAGACCAACCGCUCAGGAGGGCGGCUGUAUCUACAGACACGUGGCUCCAAAUUCAUCAAAUUCCAGGAGGUGAAGAUGCAAGAACAUAGCGACCAGGUGCCCGUGGGAAACAUCCCUCGCAGCAUCACGGUGCUGGUAGAAGGAGAGAACACAAGGAUCGCUCAGCCUGGGGACCACGUCAGUGUCACCGGUAUCUUCUUGCCAAUCCUGCGCACUGGCUUCCGACAGGUGGUACAGGGUUUACUCUCGGAAACUUACCUGGAAGCCCAUCGGAUUGUGAAGAUGAGUAAGAGUGAGGAGGAUGAGUCUGGAGCUGGAGAGCUUAGCAGGGAGGAGCUGAGGCAAAUUGCAGAGGAGGAUUUCUAUGAGAAGCUGGCAGCCUCUAUUGCCCCCGAGAUAUAUGGGCACGAGGACGUGAAGAAGGCGCUGCUGCUCCUGCUCGUGGGCGGGGUGGACCAGUCUCCUCGGGGCAUGAAAAUCAGGGCCACUAAGGAGCUUCCUGCUGCUCCUCCAGGCAACAUCAACAUCUGCCUGAUGGGGGAUCCUGGUGUGGCCAAGUCUCAGCUCCUGUCUUACAUCGACCGCCUGGCCCCCCGCAGCCAGUACACGACAGGCCGGGGUUCCUCCGGAGUGGGGCUCACGGCAGCCGUGCUGAGAGAUUCCGUGAGUGGAGAACUGACUUUAGAGGGCGGGGCCCUCGUGCUGGCUGACCAGGGUGUGUGCUGCAUUGACGAGUUUGACAAAAUGGCUGAGGCUGACCGCACAGCCAUCCACGAGGUCAUGGAGCAGCAAACCGUCUCCAUUGCCAAGGCGGGCAUUCUCACGACGCUCAAUGCUCGCUGCUCCAUCCUGGCUGCUGCCAACCCUGCCUACGGACGCUACAACCCGCGCCGCAGCCUGGAGCAGAACAUACAGCUUCCUGCUGCGCUGCUCUCCCGAUUUGACCUCCUCUGGCUGAUCCAGGACCGGCCUGACCGAGACAAUGACCUGCGGUUGGCCCAGCACAUCACCUACGUGCACCAGCACAGCCGGCAGCCCCCAGCCCAGUUUGAACCUUUGGACAUGAAGCUCAUGAGGCGUUACAUAGCUAUGUGCCGGGAGAAGCAGCCCACGGUGCCAGAGUCCCUGGCCGACUACAUCACGGCAGCCUACGUGGAGAUGAGGCGAGAGGCCUGGGCCAGUAAGGACGCCACCUACACGUCCGCCCGGACUCUGCUGGCCAUCCUGCGCCUGUCCACUGCUCUGGCGCGUCUGCGAAUGGUGGACACUGUGGAGAAGGAAGAUGUGAACGAAGCCAUAAGGCUAAUGGAGAUGUCCAAGGACUCACUUCUGGGUGACAAGGGGCAAACAGCUAGGACCCAGAGACCAGCAGAUGUGAUAUUUGCCACGGUCCGUGAGUUGGUCUCGGAGGGCCGAAGUGUCCGGUUUUCCGAGGCGGAGCAGCGCUGUAUAUCUCGUGGCUUCACACCUGCUCAGUUCCAGGCAGCCCUAGACGAGUAUGAGGAACUAAACGUCUGGCAGGUCAAUACUGCCCGAACACGGAUCACUUUUGUCUGAGUCCAGUCGUGGGAGGCACUGGAGUCUGCUCUGCACACCAUGCCAGCCCCCCUUCCCUUAAAGGUCCAAUGAUGCUCUUGAGGGGAAAGGAGGCUCCCCUCUUUCUCAAACUGCACUUGUUUUACCCAUUCCUUUGCUAAUAAAGUGUUUAUAGAUUUGCUGCCUUC